CUAGCUCUCUUCUCCCGUCGGAUUACAGCCGAGGCGGCACGCCAAGUGACGGUUACUGAGCCAUAAAACGUCGAAUAAAGCAAAGAGCACUCAAGGUAGUGUGCAUUAUCCUGCAGCAUGCCAAAACGAAGUACCAACAUGAGUGGACUGCAGUGCCUCGCCUCUGAGAACAUCUGGUUCGACAAACAGCGCUACGAUGAGGCUGAGAAGCGCUUCUACGAGGGAGUCAAUGGACCCUCCACACAGGACAAAGAAGUUAAUGCCAUCCUGCAGGACAUUGCUAAGUCCCGACAGAAUAUCCAGCAGUCCCUAAGCGGAGUGAAAACUGCCCUGCAACAAGCCAAAGGGCGCCCACAGAAACGGCAGCACAGAAAUUCAUCCUCACAAUCAGGAGACCAGGAGCUGGUCUCACGAAUGAAGAGCCUUGAACUGGAGAACCAGACUCUGCAUAAAGUGGUGGAGACCAUGAGAGCAGCCCUGCAGAAGCUGGAGACCAGAGUGGCUGUUCUGGAAAAGACUCCUGCACCUGCAGCCGUUCCAUGUGCCAAGGCUGCUCCUGUCAAACAGAUGGAGAACGGAGAUGACGACGACGAUGACGACGACAUCGAUCUGUUCGGCAGUGAUGAUGAUGAUGAGGAGGCAGCUCGCAUCAAGCAGGAGCGUGUGGAUGCCUAUGCAGCCAAGAAAUCCAAGAAACCCGCCCUCAUUGCCAAGUCAUCGAUUCUGUUGGAUGUCAAGCCUUGGGAUGAUGAGACUGAUAUGGCACAGCUGGAGCAGUGUGUGCGCUCAGUACAGAUGGACGGGCUCCUGUGGGGAGCAUCCAAAUUGGUGCCAGUCGGCUAUGGCAUCAAGAAGCUGCAGAUCAACUGCGUGGUUGAAGACGACAAAGUUGGCACAGACAUCCUGGAGGAGGAGAUCACCAAGUUUGAGGACUUUGUCCAGAGUGUUGAUGUUGCUGCCUUCAAUAAGAUCUAAGCUCCACCUGUUCUUUACCUGCUCCACCAAAGUGUUGCUGCUGCUCUCUGCUUGCACGGUCUCAGAUUAAACGCUAAGUUUUGAGCACAAA